UGAUGUUGAUAACAUGUUGUUGAUUUGAUGUAAUCAAUGUGUGAGAAAUUUUCUCUUUUUAUAUAUAGAUAGUCACGUCUUCUUCUUCCAUUCCAAAAAUCAUCUCAUUCAUUCACUUUCUUCUUGGAUUUUCUUCUUAUCUCUUCUUCAUUUAGUUUUUCUCCGUUUUUACUCAAAAAGGCAAGCAUAUAUUUGUUGAUUCAUCCUCUUCUUGUUAGGUUUCUAAAAUGGCUGUUCGUUGGUUCUUUCUAGGGUUUGUCAUUUUUGCUUUUGUCAUUGAUACAAUUACUGUGUUCGGUUAUGAUCGCCCACCAGCAAGAGAAACCCUAUCACUUGACCAUUUAUUUGAUGAUAUUUCUUCAUCCUCUCCUCAACAGGUUCACAUUUCUUUAGUUGGGCAAGAUAAGAUGAGAAUAACUUGGAUAACGGAGGAUCAUGGCACUCCGACAACCGUGAAUUAUGGUACAACGGAAGGGAAUUAUGAUUUAUCUGCGACCGGUACUGUUUCAAAGUACAAGUACAUGCUUUACAAGUCUGGAGAAAUUCAUGACGUUGUCAUAGGGCCUUUGAAACCCGACACCGUAUAUUACUACCGUUGUGGGUCUGACACAGAUCGUGAAUUCAGCUUCAAAACUCCUCCGUCUCAAUUUCCGAUCAAAUUCGUGGUUGUUGGCGAUCUUGGCCAGACAGGAUGGACGAAUUCAACCUUAACUCACAUGGCAGCAUCCAAUUACGAUGUUAUGCUCUUGCCAGGGGACUUAUCUUACGCGGAUUUUUACCAACCAUUUUGGGAUACGUUUGGACAACUUGUAGAACCACUUGCAAGCAGCCGUCCAUGGAUGGUAACACAAGGAAAUCAUGAGAUUGAGAAAAUCCUAGUGUUUCAUCCGAAAUCAUUUACAGCUUAUAAUGCGAGAUGGCGUAUGCCCUAUGAAGAAAGUGGUUCAAAUUCGAACUUGUACUACUCGUUUGAAAUUUCUGGGGUUCAUGUUAUUAUGUUAGGGUCUUAUACAGAUUUUGAAUCUGACUCCGACCAAUACAAAUGGCUCCAAGCCGACUUGGCUAAGAUCGACAGGAGACGAACACCGUGGGUAUUUGUACUCAUCCAUGCACCAUGGUAUAGUACCAAUGAAGCUCACCAAGGAGAGUAUGUUUCUGUUGGAAUGAAGAAAGCCAUGGAAGAGUUGUUAUAUAAAGCUCGUGUGGAUGUUGUUUUCGCUGGCCAUGUUCAUGCCUACGAGCGUUUUACUCGUGUCUACGCUGACAAAGCUGAUAAUUGUGGUCCGGUGCAUAUAACAAUCGGAGAUGGAGGCAAUAAGGAAGGCCUUGCUAGCAAUUAUAUGGAUAAGACAAAUAUAUCAGUGUUUAGAGAGGCAAGUUUUGGACAUGGGAGGUUAAAGGUGGUGAACGGAACUUACGCAUCGUGGAGUUGGCAUAGAAAUCAGGAUGACCAACCUGUUUCUGCUGAUACUGUUUGGUUGAAAAGUUUGUCAGCGGAUCCUGCUUGUAUGAAGCAAUAGUGAAUCACACUAUUAAGAAUUCACUAUUAACAUCCGUUAUGUAAAAUAUCUAUUCAUUAUAAGUUUUUUGUACGUUCAUACGCUAUAAUAUUACAGGAUAGAAUAGCACAAAAUAAAAUUCAGCAGUUGCAUGUUUGUUUGAUGCAAACUACAAAAAAUACUUGAAGUUGCAAGAGAAUAUUCGUAAGCAUCCAAAUUCUGGCAACUAUCAGUGUUUACGGUUAUCCUGGUGAUGUUUUGAGGUUGAUUAUGUGUAAUGGUUUGAUGUAAAUAAAAGGGAGAGGCGAAACAAGGUAUGUGUGACACCAA